GGUGCAACUUAAUACAAAACGUAAGGAUAAAUAGAAAUAUCAAGUAGGGAUUACAAAGAAUGCAAAAUAGAUAAGGUUGCCAAGAAGAUGAAUUUUAGGACUAAACAAGUGGAAUCAAUUUUAGAAGCUUGGAAGAACAACCUUUCACUAUAAGAGAAUAUGGUGCUCGAAUGACAAUGUAAGCAAAAAACUCUCCUUUACAGAAAUGAUAACCAUGCCCUUUAUAGUAGAGGGAUAUUACUUUAGAUAUAAUUAAAAAUACAUAGUGGGAGACCCAUGAUAAAUCAGUUUUUCCAUAAUUCCUGCCAAAAUUCUUUCCUCUAGUAGGAUUGCAACGGUUCUUGUCUAUGAGCUCGAUAUUGACUCGAGUUUUCGGUCUUGACUCGAGCUCUCGAUCUUGGCUUGAGUUCGAUUCUGACUCGGACCCUUGAAUUGAUUCGGGGUCAAUGUUAGUCGGUCUCUGGAUCAGAAGCUCCAUAACUUUACUUUGUAUCAUAGUUCGAUUUGGAUUCGGGCUCGAUAACAAUAUCGAGUUCGACAUUGAUCGACCCCUCAGACUCGAAGCUUGUUUGUGCCAUCUUCGGAACCCGUCUCAAAGUCUCGCUUUGAUCGAUUAUGUUUCUAACUCGAUCAAUUGUACGAAGGAUGAAAUCUAUUUCGAUUGUAUACAGAUAGUCCCCUCGUUUCUUAGGAAGAAUGUGGUAAGAAACGAUAUAAUUUUUCAACGGCUCGAUCGGACUAUAAGCUAACGUUUACAUCGGGCUCGACCAUGACGCAUGUGAUAGUUGUCCCAUCGAUUUAGUCUUUCAAGGUAUUUAAUGCAUGUCAGACAGUGGUCGGCCACCGCUGAUACUGAACCGCCAUUGCAUAAACCUAUAACUAACCCUUCCUUUUAUCAUUUAUCACUUUUACAUCUUCAGUCUUCCAAAUUUCCCAAUUUCUUUUUCGUAUUCUCUGAGUUUAUUCACAAAUUAGUGAUUUCUCUUUGUAAAAGUUUUCUUCCAAAUUACCAAAUCUUCCUGACCUUCUUUAAAUCCAAAAUGGUGAAGACAUCCAAAACCGUCCCCCCAAAAGAACAAGCUUUUUCUUCCCAAUCCGCCACCGAUAAAACACCGGUGGAUCCUCGUCCUGAGGAGUGUGUUCCGGCGGCGUGUGUUCUUACCUCUGAUUUCAAACUCGAUAAAGGUUCACCGCUUCCUGGCCGAUAUGAGCCCGUAUCAAGAUAUAUUUGUUCGAUAACUUGGGAGCACAUCGAGCGGAUAAAAAAAGAUUGUAACUGGGAGAACAAAGAGGUGGUAGUGUCGUAUCCUGAAGAGGAUAUUACUACUCACGUGAAAGGGUUUUUAAGGGUGUAUAUUUACCCUUUCACAUUAGGUCCCCUCGAUCCUGUUAUCAUAGAUUUUUGUCGUAAAUACCUAAUAACCCUAGGCCAGAUACAUCCUUCCUUUUGGCGGAUCGUUAUUUUGAUCCAAUAUUUUGUGAGUAAAAUCAAGGGGAUGCCUUUCACCCUCGAUCAUCUUGUUCGAUUAUACCGUCCUCGUCUUUUUCGAGGAGGGUUAAUAAAACUCCAACGUCGAGCUACCAAGGCUUUGUUCUCGAGUAUAGACGAGGAUAAGGAUCGAGACUGGAUGGGCCGGUUCGUUCGAGUGAGGAUUUCGGACCUGAUCCCCACCGAAAAGAUGCAUUUUCCCGAGGAAUGGAACUUGAAGCGUGAGUGUAAUUCUAUUGUUAUCUCCUAUUAUUUUGUUCCUUCAUUUAUUUUCUCACCAAUAUUCCCCUUUUGUGAUACAGCGGUUCCCUGGAUGCCCGGCGCAGUGCCCGGUCUCAAGAGCUGGGUACGUGAUCUGGUUUCGACCUACUUAUAUGCCGAGCGCUCAUGGCGUGACUUGUCAAAGGGCCGAUGGGAGGCCAAAAAUCACGUUAUCAUCAGCUGGAGGAGGACUUGUAAUAGCAAGUGAUGGUGUCUGGGAUGCUUUGUCUGCAGAAAUGGUUGUUGAAUGUUGUUGCGGAAUGCCUGCUGAUACUGCAGCUUCUAAAAUUGUUAAAAGAAGCCAUUCAGCCAAAAGGCAUUCGAGAUGAUACGACUUAUAUUGUGAUUGACAUACAGCCCCCAGAAAAACCAAUUCCUCCCCCACCACCCAAAAAGUCAGGGUAAGUCUAUGUUUCGCAAAAAAAACUUCUGAUUCAUCUUCUAAUAUCGAGAAAGAUUAUUGUGAAGCAGAUAUGGUGGAAGAACUAUUUGAGGAAGGAUAUGCAUCUUUUUCAGACAGACAUGUGUCAUGCUAAGUAGUACUUCACAUUAUAAAACUUGUGACGCGAUUCCCUUACAUUCAUUGCAAGCAGAAUAUCUAUUUCAGGUAAUAUGGUGGCACAAUUAUGGAUUGAUACUUCUUUUUCCCGAUGAUCGCAUGUUAAACACGGAACAUCCAGUCUGUAAUAUGUUUAAGUUAACCACAUGUGUCGUCUGUCAAGCGGAGAUAAACCCGGAGAAGGCUUUUCAAUACAUGCUAGUUCCUAGAAAACAAGAAAUUUAAUUUGCGGUCCUUUCAUUUGCUCUAGCUGUCAAGAGAAGAAAGAAGCCAUGGAAGGAAAGAGACCUUCAGAAAGCCAGUGCCUCGCUUUUUAUAUACAUUCUAAACACUCUUUCUCCAUGACAUAUUUUGAGCCUCUUUUUUAACUUUUUGCAUAUGGAAGAUAUAGUAGUGCAAGCGACUAGUUAACUAAAAGUGCAAUUACUAACAAUCGCUUCAAAAGAUGGAGGUACCGCGUCACUGACCCAAUAUUCCUUCUUUUCAGUUGUAAAAAAAGAAGCAUAUUGCUUCAGUGAAAUUUGGAAACAAGCAUCUAUGUUUCUGGUUUGCCUCCCUUUAGGACAAAAGACGAGUGAGAACUGCUUAGUACAUGGUUGGACCAAUGUCUAAAAAUGUUCACAUUUGGAGUAUGUUUCAAAAACAUAGUUUAUGGUAUUCUUGACAAGAGUGGGUUGCUCUAGUGGUGAGCACCCUCCACUUUCAACUAAGAGGUUGUGAGUUCGAGUCACCUCAAGAGCAAGGUGGGGAGUUCUUGGAGGGAGGGAGCCGAGGGUCUAUCGGAAACCACCUCUCUAUCCCAGGGUUGGGGUAAGGUCCGCGUACCUCCUCAGUCCUCACUAGUGGGAUUAUACUGAGUUAUUGUUGUUGUUGUUACUCCCUUUUAGAAGUGUGAGGGCUUAUGGUAAUAUGAGAGUAUAGAAUAGCAUAUUAGAGAAAAUUGAUUACUCUCUGAUCAAAUCAAUUGUAUACUGAUAUCUUCCUCGGGUAUAAAAAUAACAGGCGAGUGAACCAUUUUCCUCUGUAACAUUACUAGUUAGGAAGUUCUAUUAGGAUUGUUUAGGUUCAUGUUUUUAUGUACUCUCCACCAGGAGAAACUUAGGUUGAU